AGUGAAAACAAAGCCUUAAGACUGAAAGAUGGUAUCACAUCAGUGCCGUCGUACGUCCAAGAUGACACCGACCUCGGUCCGGGAGUCCCGAUGGCACUCCAAAGUCUCGAAACGACUGACGGCCGCCUGGCCUGGAACUAUUUCGACGAAAGUGGCUACGUGUCAAAAGGCCGUUUACUCAAGGGCGAGGAUCCUUAUGGAAGGAACAAGUUCAACCAACUAGCUAGUGAUAAUUUACCCAGUAAUAGAGAAAUACCUGAUACACGUAAUGCCAUGUGCCGAAAGAAAUCGUUUAACGUUGAUGAAUUUCCAGCUACCUCAGUGAUUAUUACAUUCCACAACGAAGCCAGAUCUACGUUAUUAAGAACAGUUGUUAGCGUCCUAAAUAGAAGUCCGGAACAUCUAAUAAAGGAAAUUAUUCUUGUCGACGACUUCAGUGACAACCCUACGGACGGUGAGGAAUUAUCCAAAAUUCAGAAGGUUCGUGUUCUUCGAAAUGAUAAAAGGGAAGGACUGAUGAGAUCGAGAGUGAAAGGAGCUGAUGCGGCUACCGCCUCCGUAUUAACUUUUCUAGAUAGCCACUGCGAAUGCAAUGCUAAUUGGCUAGAGCCGUUACUUGAAAGAGUAGCAGAAGACCCUACCAGGGUUGUGUGUCCGGUGAUAGACGUCAUAAGUAUGGACAGUUUCCAGUACAUUGGUGCAUCGGCAGAUUUAAGAGGUGGUUUUGAUUGGAAUCUAGUCUUCAAGUGGGAGUAUUUAAGUUUUGCUGAGAGGGAAAACCGUCAAAGAGAUCCUACAAAGAUCAUAAAAACCCCAAUGAUAGCCGGUGGAUUAUUUGUAAUUAACAAAGCAUAUUUUGACAAACUUGGGAAAUAUGAUAUGAAAAUGGACGUAUGGGGUGGAGAAAAUUUAGAAAUAUCAUUCAGGGUUUGGCAAUGUGGAGGAAGCCUGGAAAUAAUACCAUGCAGCAGGGUGGGUCACGUUUUUCGAAAGAGACAUCCAUACACCUUUCCAGGAGGUAGCGGAACUGUUUUCGCAAAAAAUACAAGACGAGCUGCCGAAGUAUGGAUGGAUGACUAUAAAAAUUAUUACUAUGCCUCAGUUCCUUUAGCCAAAAGUGUGCCAUUUGGAGAUAUAAGUGAUAGACUUGAAAUAAAAACACGACUGCAUUGUAAACCCUUCAAAUGGUAUCUGGAAAAUGUUUAUCCAGAAUUAACAGUGCCUCAAGCUACUACCUCACAUCCAGGCCAAGUUCGACAGGGUACAUUUUGUCUGGAUACCAUGGGACAUCUUUUAGAUGGAGUUGUGUCCCUAUAUCAAUGUCAUCAUACGGGAGGAAACCAAGAAUGGACAUUGACAAAUACGGGACUUUUAAGACAUCAUGACCUGUGUUUGACAUUAGUAAAUUUCGUAAAAGGUUCUCAAGUUGUUAUGCGAAUAUGUGAUGGUUCUGAGGAACAAAAAUGGCACGUCAUCGAACCAGGCGGCCUGCUUCGUCACGGAAAGUAUCCGCUUUGUUUGGACUCGAGGCACUCAGAAUCUAGGGGAAUCACAGCAGAACGAUGCAGUAGUAGUUUAAAUUCACAAAAAUGGCAGCUAACUGGACGUGCUUAA